AUGGAAGCCAUGCCAAAGGAUGUGAGUUAUGAUAAGGACAUGCUGGGAGCUUUGGCUAUUCUUAAUGAAAUGCUCAUAGAUGAGCUUGAUCGCACUUUAUCCGUUCUGUACCAAUGGGAAAGGCAACGUUUCAUCCCGGCCUACUGGCUUCCACUUCCACCCUUGCCCGAUUUGACUUUUGAGCCACCUCUCCCCGCCGAACAGUUGCCGAUCUACAGCACCGACGAUGAAGGAAAUGACGAGCCAGCGAUGACUCCCUACUUUAUCCACAUUUGCCGACACCUCUUGCGUCUACAAAGACAAGGCAUAGACCGAAAGUGGUUCGACUUGUGGAAAGAGCUCAAACCCGACGAGCAGCUGUGGAUAUACAAGCUCGAGCCCCCUGACCAUCCGGUGCAACCGUGGGACAUAGCUUUGCGGCCUGUACCAGUGACAAGCGCGUUCGUCUAG